AUGAAGCUAUUCCUAGGCCUUGUCACUGUGCUGGUUACCGCCAUCAGUGGCAGGAGACAGCAGCCAAUUGCUCCCAACGGAGAUGGGCGGGCCAACAUCGUGGUAAUUUUAACUGAUGAUCAAGAUCUUCACAUGGACUCGGUAGACUACAUGCCGUUGUUAAAGAAGCAAGUCAUUGACCACGGAACUUUUUACAAACACCAUUACUGCUCGACUGCUAUCUGCUGCCCAUCACGAGUCACCCUCUGGACUGGACGAAAUGCCCACAACACUAAUGUAACUGAUGUUUUCCCUCCAUAUGGAGGAUACCCAAAAUUCGUCGCCCAGGGGUUUAACAGAAACUGGCUUCCAUUAUGGCUCCAAGCAGCAGGUUACAGCACAUAUUAUACCGGGAAGCUUUUCAAUGCACAUACCAUUGAGAAUUGGAACAGUCCACACCCAGCAGGUUGGACAUCCUCGGAUUUUCUUCUUGAUCCACAUACCUACCAAUAUCUCAAUGCUUCAUUCCAGCGGAACCAAUAUCCUCCAGUCAGCCACGAAGGCCAAUAUUCAACCGAUGUUUUGGCAGGAAAAGCUUAUGGUCUUCUCGAAGAGGGGGUCCAGUCUGGAAAGCCAUUUUUCUUAACUGUGGCACCAAUGGCUCCACACUCGAAUGUGGAUCCCUUUCCUGUAACCGGAACCCCUGAAGCUGCGUUGAAAGAGAUUCGCAUGACUGCUCCAAUCUCGGCCGAAAGACAUAAACACCUGUUUCCAGAUGUCAAAGUUCCCAGACGAUCAAAUUUCAACCCCGAAAAGCCCGGCGGAGCUUCAUGGAUCAAACGACUAGCGAAAUUGACUGACGAAGUGAUUGAAUACAACGACGACUUCUACCGGGCCAGGUUACAAACUCUUCAAGCCGUUGACGAACUGGUCGAAGGUGUUGUUACACGACUGGAGGAUGCUGGAAUUCUGCACAACACAUAUAUCUUCUACACAACCGAUAAUGGGUACCAUAUUUCCCAGCACCGACUCAACCCUGGCAAAGAAUGUGGGUUUGAAGAAGAUAUCAACAUCCCUCUCAUCGUCCGAGGCCCAGGAGUUCCAGUUGGCGAAUCGCAAGUCGUGACAGCGCAAACAGAUCUAGCUCCUACUUUCUUGAAGAUUGCGGGAGCAAAAUGGGGCUGGGAUGGUUUAGAUGGAAGCCCCGUCCCUCUUAACAAGAAGCAACUUGAAAAUGCCAAAAAGGAGAGACAGGAACAUGUCAACGUUGAGUUUUGGGGACGGAUUAUUCCCGAAGGAAAGCAUAGAUUUUCACUUGACGACGGGAAAAUUGUGGACUACGGACCAAAUAAUACCUACAAAGCAUUGAGAGUUGUGGGACCAAAGUACAACUUAUACUAUUCGGUUUGGUGCACCAACGAACACGAGUUGUAUGACUUGACAACUGAUCCUGGCCAACUGAAUAACAUAUACCCCACCUCUUCAUCUGAGUCUGAAAUUACAAUUCUCGGUGUUCCUGUCUCCAAACUACUCCCCAGAUUGGACACAUUGUUGAUGGUUACCAAGAGCUGUAAAGGGCGCACAUGUGUUCAGCCAUGGUCCGUCAUUCACCCAGCCGGCAACGUGAAGACCCUCCAUGGAGCUUUAAACAAGAGAUACGACAGUUUCUAUGCCAGUGUUUCUGCUUCAGUUAGCUUUGAGAAAUGUGAGCUGGGAUAUAUUCUUGAGAGUGAAGGACCACAGGAAGCAGUUGUGUUUCAUGAGGGGCUGGGUAACGAUUGGCUGGCAAAUGGAGAGCUCUAAACGUUAGACUCAGGCCCAGUCAAAGGAUCUUCGAGUUGGGACGGACCCGGCUACCGGCACCAUGGGCUUGGGAGACGGAUCGAAAAAGAAAGAAGCGUCACUAUUCUGGAAUCUGGAGAUAGGGGUUAAUAUCCUCCGUUCAUAGAAUCCGUGCCCUCGCCAAUCGAAGCUCUUGUAAUACGGAUUGCGUUUUCUGCUGC